AACACUGAUGGAGAUUGGAGAGGUGUCCUGGAACACAGUCUGGCAAAAAAUACGUUAUUAAAUACGCUAAUCGUCGCAGUCGACAACCACGCUUACAGGAAAGAAGGCCUCAGCUAUGAUGUGGGAGAUUGUUUGACAAAAAACAAGUCAUUAACUACGCUAAGCUAUACAGUCAACAACUACGCUGAAGUGCAAGUCACGGUACAGUGGUCAUUUGGUCUGGGAAUAGGUUUGGCAGAAAACAAAUCAUUGACAACGCUAAGCCUUACAGUUAGCAACUAUCGUGCCUUAAGAGGAAAUUGGACCAGUGAUCUGGGAGUAGGUUUGUCAAAAAAUACGUCAUUAACUACGCUGAACUUUACAGUCAACAACUACAGUGACCUAAGAGGACGUUGGGCAUAUGGUUUAGGGAUUGGUUUAGCACAAAAUAUAUCAUUAAUUACGUUGAACCUUGUAGUCAACAACCAUAGUACCACAAGAGGAAAAUGGAGAAGUUAUCUGGGGAAUGGUUUGGCUAAAAAUACGUCUUUAACUACGCUGUACCUUACGGUCAGCAACCACUGUAACAUGAGAGGAGACUGGACACGUGAUCUUGGGAGUGGUUUAGAAAAAAACACGUCAUUAACCACGCUGAACCUUACAGUCAACAACUACCGUCAAAUGCUACGAGAAUGGGCAGAAGGUCUGGGGAAAGGUUUAGCAAAAAAUACCUCAGUAACUACGCUAAGCCUUACAGUCAACAACUACGGUGAAGUAAGUUUAUACUGGACCGGUGAUCUGGAGGAUUGUUUGGAAGAAAAUACGUCAUUAACUACCCUGAGCUUUGCGCUGAACGACCACAGUUCCAGCAGGAUUAUCUGGUUAAAUUUACCAUGGGGUAGUUUGGCAAAAACCAAGUCGUUAACAACGCUGAACGUCACAAUCAACCACAACCAUGACGCAAGAAGAUUUCCACGGACAUGGAAGGAGUGGAAAUUCGAAGAAAAUACGUCACUAACUACGCUGAACCUUACAUUCAACUACUUCAGAGACUUGGUAGAAGACUGGACACCUUAUUUUUAUUAUCUUUUGGCAAAAUGCACUUCAUUAACAACGCUAAGCAUUACAGCCAACAACUACGGUAAAAUGAGUGGAGACUGGACAGGAAAUCUGGAAUUUGGUCUGUCACAAAACACCUCAUUAACAACGCUAACUCUUACAGUCAACAACUACAGUGAAAUGGUCGGAGACUGGAUAGGUCUGAAAAGUGGUCUGGAAGAAAACAGUUCAUUAACAACGCUAAGCCUUACAGUCAACAACUACAGAGACAUGUGUGGUGAUUGGGCAGAUGGUCUGGGGAGUGUUUUGGCAAAAAACGCGUUACUUGCCACAUUGAACCUUACACUCAAUGACUACAAUAAUCUGGCUGAAGAAUGGAUUUACAAACUUGGCGAAGCUUUGAAAAUGCAGACGUCGUCAAUUAAAAUUAAUCUUGAAGUAAACGUGUUCAGCGAGAGAAAUGAAAAACCUGAGAUUGAUGUGGCAUAGCGAAAAGUUCGUGUUUCAAGCAUCCUUAACCCUGGCUGGGUACUGUAACAUGAGCCUGUUGCCUCCCCUGUCGUACAUGUAAUGAUUACAAUUUUAGUAGACUUGAAAUCUGAUAUCGAACAGCGCGUCAGUAACUAGAUUCAGCAGCAACACCGACGAGAGGGAAGACUGGGUGUGAAUCUUACUUAAUCAGGGAGGAGAGCGCCUUGCAUUCCAAGUGCGGAGUCUCUCGUUAGAUGUGGUUGUCCAUCUUGGUAAAGAAAUGAAAGGCAUGUACCUGUUCUAGAUAAACUCAAGCAAUCUGCAGUGCGACAAUGAAGCCUUCUGAAUAAUCUCUGCUACGUCCUGGGAAGCAAAGACUUGGACCUCUCCGUCAUUGAGGGUUAAUGACCACAAUGACGUAAGCGCAGUCCUUGACAGGAUAUGAUGUUAGAGGGCACUUGACAGAGGCCUUCAUAUCCCAGCUGACCAUCUGUCAGCGCGAUGAAGGAUCAAAUGGUGUUGAAGUAUCCUUGAGUUUCUCAACCGAGAACAAACCAAGUGACGGGUUAUUUCUUGCCAAUUAAUGGAAACAGUUUUUCAGACGCAUAGGCAAAUCUUGGUAGUGUUAGUAUGCUUCGUGUCGCAUUUAAAGGUCAAUGAUGGAUGAAGAAAAUACUCGGCUGCAGUGGAACAUUUUGUACUUUUUAACCAGUUCUAAAGUAGAAUAGAUAUUUUCCGUGGAAAUUCCCGUCAUUCCUUAGAAGGUGACAGGUUGUGACACGUACGCAGUCUACCACAUCACGACUGGUAUUGGAAGUGACCUCAUCGUGAGUCAAGCGAUAGCACUUCAUUACCACGAUUAGUUCAAUAGCCUUUUUUUUAUGAUAUGUAAUAAAUUUGUUGCGAGGACUUUUGAAAGUUCCCCCUUCAAUUUAUGUAUUGAAACGUGAUUAAAUUAAGUUGAGUGGUAGAAAUUCAA